AUGAGGAAGCGUGAGCGAGAGAACCCGUGCGGGAUCUGUGGGCACUACCACAAGUACGAGGAGGGGGAGGUGUGCGGCGUCUGCGGGCACCGCCCACCUGCAGCGUCACCAGCUGGGGCGAGGCAGCAGGACUCGGCGUUCCCGUCCGAGAUCCUCAAGGAGUUCCUCUUCCUCGGCAGCUACGACAACGCCUCCCGCUCGGAGCUCCUCAAGACCAUCGGCGUCUCGCACAUCCUCAAUACUGUACCUUUAUGCCAAAAUCUUUACCGGAAUUCAUUCACUUAUCACUGCCUUCAAGAGGAUAAGACUCUGCAGUUUGAUGAUGCAAAUCAGUUUCUAGAGCAAUGUGAGAGGGAGAAAGCACGCGUCCUAGUCCAUUGCAUGUCAGGGAAAAGUAGAUCGGCAGCAUUUGUAAUAGCCUUCUUGAUGAAGUCGAGAGGUUGGAGAUUGGCACAAUCCUUUCAGUGGGUGAAAGAGCGGAGACCACAAGUGCAACUGUCUGAUGCAGCACAGCAGCAGCUGAUUGAUUAUGAAAUGAAGAUUUUUGGUUCUAAUAAUGUCAGCAUACCAGCUCAACCUUUUCCACCAGUGGAUUCGUACCCUUCUCUUGGAUUUGGUUUUCCAAAACCAGCAGGCGACAUCCAAGUGCCUACCUUUAACCAGCAGGCUCCAGCAUCUGUCUUUGAGCGCGUUACCCCGAACAGCUUCCCUAGUAAUUUCACAUUCGGAGCUGAAAGAACUAAUGAGGCGAAACUUCCAGAUAGCAACAAUUUCGGUGUGAUAAACUCGUCUGGGAGUGAUAGCAUGAUGGACAGCUCCUACGAUGGUUUUGCCUUCAUUGAUACACAAAAGAAAUGA